AGGUUUGCCACGGCGUGCUCAUGCUAGACACUCGCCGCUGCAACGCACCUGCAUCGCUCUCUGCAUCGCGCGGCCGUUUUCCCAACCCGCAGCCACUUUUGGUGACUAGAGCUCGAUUUAACGGAGUUAGGGUCUGCCAUCGGGCACGAGGCAGCGCGCGGGGCGCUGCGCAGGCCGUGUCAGCGCAGAUGGAGCGGCGUGUGGCGUUCACCAACCCGCAUAGCGAGAAACUCGCGGGCGUGUUCGUGGAUGCCGGAUCUGAGGAUGUGGUCAUCCUGUGCCACGGGUACGCCGCGACCAAGGACGGCUUCCACCUGCCGGCAAUCGCCGAGGCGCUGGCGCAGCACGGCCGCAGCAGCCUGCGCUUCGACUUCGCGGGCAACGGCGAGUCCGAGGGCCAGUUCAGUUUCGGCGGCUAUUGGCGCGAGGUCGAGGACCUGAGGGCCGCGGUGGACUUUGUGAGGCGGGAGCUGCACAAACACGUGGCGGCAGUCGUGGGCCACAGCAAGGGCGGCAAUGUUGUGUUGCUGUACGGCAGCCGGUACGACGACGUGCCGCUGAUCAUCAACGUGGCGGGGCGCGGAGUCAUGGCGAAGGGCAUCAAGGAGCGCUUCGGUGCCGACAUCCUCGACCAGCUGGCGGCUGCGGGCGCGGUGGAGCAGGCGGUGAAGGCGGACGGCGGGCGGCUCAUCAAGUACAUGCUCACAAAGGAGGCGGUGGAGGAGCGAAUGAAGAUGGACAUGUUUGCCGAGGCAGCCAAGAUCAAGGCCGAGGUGCUGACCAUCCAUGGGACCGCCGACCGCGUGAUUCCCAUUGAGGACGGCCGCGCCUGGGACGCCCACAUCCCGCGGCACCGGCUGCUGGAGGUGGAGGGCGGGGACCACAACUUCCGUGCCGCGCCCGAGCAUAGGCAGCAGGUGGUGGCGGCCAUCGUGGCAGAGGUCACGGCGGCGGCAGAAAGGCGGGGCAGCGGCGCGGGGAAGGGGGAAGGGGUACCAGACAGGCAGGCGUGACCAGCGGGGUGCGGCGGUGGUGUGGGGAAGAGGGGGGCAUCAUCGGUGAGAGGGGCGGCGUGCGCGGGGCGUGAGCGGCUGGAGCUGCAGCGGGUGGGGCGCAUGUGGUGAAGCGCAGUAGGAAUGCGGGCGCUUGGGAAGCAGGUUGGGUUCUGUGCACAGCAACCCCUCCUGGCAAUCGUUUGCCGGAGCAGAUACGCCGUGAAAUGAACGGGACGACGUGACGCGGCAACUACGUAGUACAAGGGUAGCAAGUGGCUGAGCCCCGAGAAACGACCUAA